AUGACUUCCCGCCAGAACAUCAGCUCCGGCUCUGCCUUUGAAGAGCAAAUCGGAUACUCACGAGCUGUCGUGACCGGAGAUUGGGUCUUCGUCAGUGGUACUACCGGCUAUGACUAUGGAACCGGGCAAAUCUCAUCCGACGUUGCUGAGCAGGCUGACCAAACCAUGAAGAACAUCGCAUCUGCUCUUGAGUCGGCUGGUGCUUCGGUAUCGGAUGUCGUUCGAGUCAAAUACAUUUUGCCUGAUCGAGAUGACUUUCCCAAGACUUGGUCAGUCUUGAAGAAGUGGUUUGGAGAGGUUCGUCCUGCUGCUACUAUGGUGCAGUCUGGCUUGAUGAAGGAUGAGAUGAAGAUUGAGAUUGAAGUUACCGCUAGCAUAGGAUGUGGUAAGAAGGCCGAACGGGUUUUUAGUUUGUAA